AGGUCAAAAAAUACUACAGAGUGGCUGUAGUGAGUCUGGGGCUUCUGUGUGCUCUCCUACUGGCUGUCAUUAUAUGGAUGGGCACCAAACACACUGCAGAGAGAGACCUGCAGGAAAUGAAUAUGGACCAACUGCAAUUAACUAACAACAACCUGACCCAAGAAAGAGACCACUUCCAGGCAAGAAACACCAACCUAACUACAGAGAAAAAUUAUUUGAUGGCGAAAAACACAAUUUUAACUGCAGAGAAAGAGAUGCUUCAAAAGGCCUCUGGUUGGAGGUGUUCCGAUUCCAGUUGCUAUUAUAUUUCAACCAACCUGAAAACCUGGAGCGACAGCAGACAGCACUGCAUGGAUCUAGGGGGGCAUCUGGUGAUCAUUGACAGUGAGGAGGAACAGAAAUUCGUCUCAGGAUUUAAGAAGAGAGUUUGGAUUGGUGCUAUGAAGACAGAGGGAACCUGGACAUGGGUAGAUGGCAAAGUCCUGGGUAAUGCAGGAUACUGGGCUAAGGGAGAACCAAAUGACAGUGGUGGAAAAGAAAACUGUGUGGAGAUCAAAUUCAGGGGUGACCCUCUGAAUACUUGGAAUGACGGCACUUGCAGUUUGACAAAUAUAUAUUUUUGUGAGAAAGCGAUGUGAUUUUAACUAAAAACAUCUGUCUUUUUUUUUUGUCUUCCCAUAGGACAAUUUUAGUUUUCAAAGCUAGAUGAGAUCUCAUUGUUGUUUCAAUUGUGUAUCAAUUUAAUCACAAGAAUUCCUUAGGAGAAACAGUUUGAGACAGAAAUGAGAUGAGCUACUUCAUUGUAAAAAUCCACCAUAAUUGACAAAAAGGUCCUCUAGCUACCCCUCUCCAAAACAGCCUCUCUUCUUGUCAUAGGCUGGUUAAAAGCACUUUAUUGUGAGACUCUGUGCCUCAUCCAGAAGGUUAUAUUGAGAUAUUAAAUAUUAAUAUAAAUAUUUAGUAAAAAUGGAGCAUGAUUUGUGACCCUGUUUAGAUCUCUCCUCUAACACCAAAGGAGAAAUUUGGUCCAUAUAGAAAUCUGAGGAGCCGGAGGUUUAAGCUUUAGUCUCCCUUUUCAUCUCAUUUUUGUGUAGGGUAAACUGAGAGAUCUCUUUUUAGAAAGUAGAUCUCUUAUUAAUGUUUUCUAAUUCAAGAUUUAUGUGAUGGACAUGUAUUGACCGGCUGAUAAACAAACUCCCUUGUGUCAAUGAUGCCAGACUCUACCCAUGAAUCUUUAACUGCUGGGUUCCAUGUUGAUGGAUGCCUUGUAUUAAUCAGGUGCUGUGAGCAGUUUUACAUAAAUGUUUUUUGAAAGUCCCUGUACUCACUAAGUUACUUGUUCAUUAGUAGUUUUUCUCAGAGUGUCCACCAGAUGGCAGAAAAUGUGCAUCUAAUGUAUAGAUGACUUUGACUUUAGACCUACAAUAGUGACAGCAAACUGUAAAACAAUAAAUGAAACCAAUUCAAAAAAA